AUGGCGCAAUCCCAAUUAACCAACACCGAAAAAAUUUCGGAAAAUACGCCAAUCGUCCAACUACUUACAGCUACUAUGGACGAUUUAAAACUUAAUUCCCAAUCAAAAGUUGAACUGCUUCCGAUCCUUCCGGUGCUUGGGAGCGAUAGGUCGGCGGGAGUAGAUUUAAUCAGUCCGUAUGAAUACAUACUACCCCCCCGAGGGACAGGAUUACUGGACACGCUGCUUGAGAUGCAGAUCCCCCUGCACCAUUAUGGUCGUAUAGCUGACAAGUCUUCAAUGGCGUUAAGGGGGAUAAUCAUUGGUGCUGGAGUGGUCGAGCCAGACUACACAGGGAGCAUUAAAGUUGUGCUCCAUAACUUGAGGGAUGUACCCGUCGUUGUCGAGAGGGGGGAGAAAAUUGCACAACUCAUUUUUGAGAAGUGCUCUUUACCCAAAGAGAUGGCCUGGGUGGAUGACAUGGGGGAGAUAAUUUAG